GCCCUGCAGACAAACUCAGCUCAGCAGCAGAGCUGGAUGGGACAGGAGCUGACACCCACAGGGACAGCAAUAUUCAGAAUGCAGCAGGAUGGGAAGCAAGGUGAGGGCUGGCCAGUCCCUUGGGGUGAAUCUGCCAGAGAAGGGCCUGGGGUGCCCAGGCAGCUGUGACAGGCACUGGGGCUGAGUGUGACAGUGCCAGGCACAGAUGGCACAGGGCUGCCCCUGCUUCCCCCAGCCUGUCACAAUUUAAUUUGGUUAAACCUGGAAAAGUGCAGAUUCCCAGUGGGAAAAGUGCAGAUUCCCAGUUGGAAAAGAGCAGUGUCAGAGCAGUGUCAGGGCAGUGUCAUAGCAGUGUCACAGCAGUGUCAGGGCAGUGUCACAGCAGUGUCAGAACAGUGUCACAGCAGUGUCACAGCAGUGUCACAGCAGUGUCACAGCCCAGGAGCACUCAGCAGCUGCUGUCACUUCCUCAAUGCCCCGAGCUCGCCUGGGGAGCGGCCCCGGGCUGGGCUGUGUCCCCUGAGGCAGCUCAGGCACAGCCAGGGCAGCUCACCUGGCCUCACCUGGGGGUGCCCAGCAGCCACAGCUGGGCAGGAAAGCAGGGCAGGAAAGGGCUUUCCUGGGGCUCUGCACAGCUCUGCCAGAGCAGGAAGCUCUGCUGGCACACAACCUGCUGCUCUUGGGGAACCCCACGGGACAGCAGGGCCUGCUCCAGACCAGCUCCUAAACAUCUCCCCUUGAGGAAAAAACAAAAAUAUCCAAUCCUUCCUGAUCCACAAUGUCCCUCAAGCUGCCACGGAGCUGGGAUUUCAACCUGAAGACGGAUGCUGCAAAAAUAGCUCGCUCCCACAGUGUGAUGAGCGCCGAUCCCGGCUCCCAGCCGCGCUCCCAGCCGCGCUCCCCGCGGCCGCUCAAGCUGGGCUGGCUGCGCAAGCAGCGCUCCAUCGUCAGGAACUGGCAGCUGCGCUUCUUCGUGCUGCAGGGCCAGCAGCUGCUCUACUACAAGGACGAGGACGAUGCCAAGCCCCAGGGCUGCCUGUCCCUGCAGGGCAGCACCAUCAACGUGCUGGCCACCAGCCCAGAGGAAGGAGGGAAAUUCAUCUUUGAAAUCGUCCCAGGGCUGGCCGGGGAGCAGGAGCCGUGUGUGCUGAUGGCGAGCUCGCAGGCGGAGCGGGAGGAGUGGGUGACAUCGCUGCGCAGGGCGCUGGGCUCGGCCGCCGCAGUGUUCGGGCAGCCCCUGGCAGCCGCCUUGGCCCACGAGCAGCAGCCGGGGCAGCCCCAGGUGCCCGUCCUGGUGCAGAAAAGCGCCGAGUUCAUCCGGGAGCACGGCGUGGCUGAGGAGGGGAUCUUCCGCCUGCCCGGCCAGGACAGCCUGGUGCGGCGGCUGCGGCUCGCCUUCGACGCGGGGGAGAGACCCUCCUUCCCCAGGGACACCGACGUGCACAGCGUGGCCUCGCUCUUCAAGCUGUACCUGCGGGAGCUGCCGGAGCCCGUCGUGCCCUGGCUGCAGUACGAGGAUUUCCUGCGCUGCGGGCAGGCUCUGGAAAAGGACGAGACAAAGGGCCACCAGGAGCUCCUGCAGCAGCUGUCCCUCCUCCCCAGAGACAACUACAACCUGCUCAGCUACAUCUGCAGGUUCCUCUAUGAAAUACAACUGAACUCCAGUGUCAACAAGAUGAGUGUGGAUAACCUGGCAACAGUGAUAGGAGUGAACCUCAUCAGACCCAGGGUAGAGGACCCUGCAAUCAUCAUGAGAGGCACGCCCCAGGUGCAGAAGGUGAUGACUGUGCUGAUCAGUGACCACGAGAAGCUCUUUCCCCCAUCCAAGGAUGAGCCCUCCCCAGCUGCCCCAGAGGAGAGGAAAGCUCCUGUCCCUCGCAGCUCCGUGGGCUGGGGGGCUGCAGAGGAGCCCAGAGCCCCCAGAGCCUCCCCCCAAAGGCAGAUGAGGGAUCACCCCCAUUCCAGCAGCUCCCCUGGCCCAGCUGCCACCUCCAGCGACCCUGGGGAGGACACAGAGCCCAGAGACACCCAGGGAACGUGGAAAACACAGGCAAGGAAAAGAACUCAGACUUUGCCCACGAGGAAAUCCUUCCUGGCCGCUGCUCCAGGGGAGAGGGGGGAUGUCCUCACCAGCGACUUCUGGACGGGCAGCACCCGCCCCGUGCCCUCGGAGGGACACAAGAGAACCUUGUCUCAGGAUCUUUUCAAGCUGCUGGACCUCCACAGGGCUUCAGCCUCGGACAGUGGCCCCUCCUGCCAGGCAGGGAGCGGGGAGGGCAGCCCCAGCCCCGGCAGCAGCAUCUCUGAGAAGGAAUUGCUGCCCUGCCUCAGCCCCAGCCACAGGGCCAGCAGCCCUGCCGAGGAGCCCAGCCCCGAGCAGCAGAGCAGGGAGCUCCUGCACAGCACGGUGCUCAGGCUGGAGAAGGAUCUGGAGGCUCAGAGGAAGGACUACGAGGGGCAGAUUAAGAGUCUCCAGGAGGAGAACUAUGAAGCCUGGGCCAAAGUGGUGAGGCUGAGCCAGGCCAUGGAGCAGGAGAAGAAGAAGUGUGGGGAGCUGGAGCUGAGGCUGGAGAGCGCCGAGCGCUCGCGGGAGGAGCUGGAGAGGAAAAACAAGAUGCUCGAGGAGGAGUUAAAAAACUUAACUAAACCCACCAGUGAAACUGGUGCCAAAACCAACUAGGAGGAGGCCCCCAGCAUUUACAGACCCCAAAUGCAGCUGCACAAAUGCACAGGAACUGCAGGUUCAGCCAAGGAUUUGUGUUGUCCAGUGUCCUGCUCCUGCCCCAGGCCAAGGGGGAGGAAGGAGAGCAGAGCUCAGAGGAUGGUUCAUGCUCUGAACCAGGAAAUCUCCAAAAUAUCCUUUAGCUUUUUUGGGUGUGUUUAUUUCAACUCUUCUUUCAGCUGCUCAGGUUACCUGGAGAACAGGCCAACACCUCCUGCUGCUCAGUCAGAGUUGCACUCAGAAGUUUGGGUCAUGGACACCUUGUGCCUUCCCAUAAAGAACCCAGAGGUGUCCCUCCUCCAGCUGCCUGUGCCUUGCUGCAGACACCCAGGCAAAACAUCCAUGGAUUUGGGCAGGCAGAGGAGCCCCAGGCUUGGGGAGGCACAGCCCUGGGUGGUGGAGAUGCUCACCUCAAUCCCAGCUGGAUCCUGCUCCCCUCAAUCCCAGCUGGAUCCUGCUCCCCUCAAUCCCAGCUGGAUCCUGCUCCCCUCAAUCCCAGCUGGAUCCUGCUCACAUCAAUCCCAGCUGGAUCCUGCUCACAUCAAUCCCAGCUGGAUCCUGCUCACAUCAAUCCCAGCUGGAUCCUGCUCACAUCAAUCCCAGCUGGAUCCUGCUCACAUCAAUCCCACCUGGAUCCUGCUCACAUCAAUCCCACCUGGAUCCUGCUCACAUCAAUCCCACCUGGAUCCUGCUCCCCUCAGUCCCACCUGGAUCCUGCUCCCCUCAGUCCCACCUGGAUCCUGCUCUCCUGGGGCAGCACAAGGCUCUCAGAUCUGCAGCAUCACCUGCUGAGCUGUGCCAGCCCCCACAGCACAGCUCCAGGCAGAAAAUCCCACCAUCACCCAAACCUCUUCAGUCCAGCUGUUUUCAGUCACUCCCACAGCUGGCUGUUCCUAAAUCCAGCCCAGCUGAUGGAGCUUGGAGAGCACCUCACACAGCUGGACCUGGAGCUCUUUGUGCAGGGGGAGUCCAUCAGCAGCUCCAGCACAGAACUCCUGCAUUUUUCCUCCAGAGGAUGACAAAUCUGGACUGUUUUACUGCCCUGCUUUGGAGCUUUGUUGUUUCUGAAGUGCAGAUCAGGAUUUCAUGGAGCCCUGGGUUGGCAGCCCAAGGAUGUUGGGUCUCUCCCCAGCAGUGCCAAGACCCCCUGGACCCAAAGGUGUCCCUGUGGUUUUUGUGACCUCUCUGCUCGUCCCCACCCCUGCCAGAGUCCUGCCAGCAGCACCAGGGAGCUGCCACAGCUUCUGCUGCAGGACAGGGCUCUGCACAGUUAUUUUCUUCUACAGAAAACCUUUCAUGUAUUUAUUUGAGGAGGGGGAACAGCCCAGCCUUGAUGGGGACAGGAAAGGGAAAGCCACAGAAAUCUGCAGUUUUCAAGCAGGACCAAGGUCUGUGCCAGGCAUGGUGAGGGGAAUCACAGCUCUGGGUUUGCCUGAGAGGCAAAAGCUCAGCCCAGACAGGCUGGAGAGACAGGGAAAAGGAACUGGGGCAGAAAGGGACACAGGAAAAUGUGGGAAACAAGGGGAGGUGGGAGUGGGAUGAGAAUAAAAGCCAGUGUUGGGUAUGAAGCACUUGCUGGGGGUAGGGGGAACGGGUUUAGCCCUAAAACUGAGCCCAGACUCAGUCUCAGAUGCAGUUUGGAGCACUGAACCCACCUGUGCUCAGCUGUGGAUGUGAAGUCUGGGGAAGGACAGGUUGUGAGAGCUGAGCUGCAUUCAGAAAUCCAGCCCUAAGUGACUCCAGGGGUUUCCUUUGCACCCCACAGACCUGGAGCUCCCCUCUGUGCUGCCCACAAACCUCCAGGGAAUGACUGUUCCAGAGACCCCUGAAAAUCCCUCAGCCAGGUCCUGUGCCCUGCCAGGGAUCCAGCCUGAGCACAGGGGUUUCAGUCUGAUUGGAAUGUUUCAGAUGUCAGUCCUGGUGAUGGGAAAUCCCACUGGGGACCCCAGAGGAUCUGCACUGGGGCUGCAGGGCUUGGCAGGGGAUGGAUGUCCUGGAGAGCAGCCCAGGGAGGGCAGGGGGCCUCAGCCACCCUCCCUGCCCAGCUGCAGUCCCACCCAGCACAGAUGUGUCCUGAAGUCUCUUUCAGUUUCUUUCUGCUGCUCUCCAGUUCCCACCCUGGGCCCUUCCUGGCGCUCUCAGGUCCCACAGUGCCUGCACCACUUCACAGCUGAGUCUUCCCUGGCGUUUCAGAUGACCUUGGCAGAGCUGCUGCAGUGGUUAUUUGAUUUUUUACCUCUGCAGAAGCUCCUCAACCAUCCGAGCCUGAGGCUGGGAGUCACUGGGGAGAAACUUCUCGGUGGGUUCAGGAGCAGCUGGGGGAACAUCUGGGCUGGAAAUGCCACACGCUCCUUCCUGCAAAGAUCAAAAGUGUGAAGAGGCCAAUAAUUGCUGCACAGCAGACUGUAAUGACGUGCAAAGGCUUGGCUGAGGCUCAGAAAGCUGCAGGAUGAGGACAAGUGCACGUUAUUUAAAACAAACUGCACAUUCCUCCUCUUCCGCCCAGAUAGGCAGAGCCAGCCCGGGGCUGCCAGGAUCACGGGGCUGCUUUGAAGAUAUUCCACCAGCAACAUUUGCAGUUUACAGAGGUCAUCUGUGAGAGAGAGACUUUCCAGCAGAGGUCAGGUGGGCUGGAAAUUCCUGGGAGCAGAGAGAGACAGGGCACCUUGGGAGCUGCUGCCUUGGGUGCUCUAACGUAAUGAGGAUUCCUUUUUUUUAAAUUUUUUUUUUUUUAAAUGAGCUUUUUCCAGAGCUAGAGAACCAUGCACUGCCCAUGCCAGAGCUGUGACACUGCUCCCUUUCCAUCCCUGAGGGGUGGGUGUCCUCCUGCCCAGCCCAGAGCCUGCUCUGGAUUUCCUGCACUUGCACAUCUCUGCAAGGUGAGAUCCCCAAACUGACUGGUCCCAGCCUGCACCCCCCUCCUCCCUCUGUCUCUGCAGCCAGGACGUGAAGCUUUGUGGGGUGGGAGCAGCAGAGAAUCUCUCCUGUUCCUGGAGGUUGUAAAGGAAUUAUAAACUCACAGAGGGGUUUGUGGCCUUUCAGCUCAGCAGGUUUUGGGCUUUGACUCUGCAUCCCCUGGAGAUGCUGCUCCUGUCACACAAAACACAACACAAUGUCCACCACAGAGAAGAAAGAUCCUUUCCAGCCCUGUCCUGUAGGCUUGGAAACCUCCAAAGAGACAUUUUCACCCCUUACCCUCCCACUGUGAGGGACACAAGAGCUUCACCAAGGUGAUAACACUGAGAUCAGGCCGAGGAUUUUCCUCUCCCUUUAAAUGUGACAUGGAUUUCCAAAUUAGAGCUGUUAAAGCACAGAUCCCAGUGAAUCAUGCAGUGUGGGAUGAGAGCAAGAUAACCUUUAGGCCACCCUUUCAGUGUCCUCACUGCAUUCUUUGUCCUAGAGCAGAAAUUCUGUUCUACUCUUCUCAGAUAUUUACUAAAUAAAUUCAUUUAGAAUUCACUCUGUUGUACCCAAGGCUUUGAUAGGCAUGAGAGGCAAGCAAAUAAAAUUAUCCUUCUCACAUUA